UCGUCGCUCUCAAGAGUUUGAGAGCAUUGGACUGUUGGAAGAAGAUUGAUCGAUCAUUGUUGUAUUUUACUGUCGCAUAGUUUACUUCAUAGCUUACGAUAUGUCUAGUGAGCUUGAAGCAGAAAGCGUGUAUGACAUGGUUGUAGUAGACCGAGAACAAGAUGUUGGUGUAGUAACACUGCAGUUAUUUAGGCUAUACACUCUACGUAAACUUGGUCGCCAUUUCAAACCAGUCAUACCCUUUGGUCCCCACCUCUUCGGAAGUGGAAAGACAAAAUUCGUACAAAAUUACUUGGAACUGGUGAAUAAUAUGGGUGAAAGUGCACUGAUAGGUCUCGAUUACGUUGGUGAGUCUGAGAAGGCCAACCGAAGAGGUUUCCUGGAGAAGCUGAAAAGGGCUUCAUUGCUCUUUGUGGAUUUGAAGGAGUUGGAGCCCACAGAACCGAAAGAACGCAACCUAAAGUGGGCAGUGUACUAUUUGUUAAUAAAGGCUGCCUGCUCUCAAGUUGGCGCGGAAAUUUUGCGAAAGAAAGAAGCCUUCGAAAUAGUGGAUAUGGAACCCUCCAACCUAGUUCCACUCUUACGAGAUAUACUAAGGAUUCCUUCCGAUCAAUAUCUCCUUGUGGCAUUUGACGAAGUUGGUGUGUUUGAUACAAAGGGAACCUUUUUUGAACUGGAGAAGAAUGACAAAGGUGUGGUUCGACCUUACAACGACUUUUUCGGUAUCAUUAGUCAAUUGUGCAAAGAACCCGACUUGUUUUUUAUAGUUGUUGGGAAAAGUGAAGGCUUAAAUAUAUACAAUUACGUAGCUUCAGUCUCAAGGGUUCAGUUAGUAUUUAUUCCUCUUUCGCCGCUUGAGAAACAUAGUAUCGUGGAACAUUUGGAGAAAAGUUCUUCCUUUUUAUUCCCUGGGAGCCCAAAGGUUUCAGAAAUUCUUUGUCACGAAGACUUCUCAACUAGUGAACUUGCAGAAUUGUUGUUGGAAUUGACUGGUGGUGUUCCUGGUUUACUUGUUCGAGCAAUCAGUUACCUUUUGCUGUAUAAAUUAUCCAACAACAAUUUCUUAUUAUCUAAGGAAACCUUCUUGAUCAUAAUGAAUAGCUUUCUAGUAACAAAUUAUUGUGUUGCGCCAUUCUUACCUCGUCUGAUAAGUCUCAGUGAGCAGCGUAAGCGCUUGUUAAGAAUGCUUACGUUAUUAUCUUUGUAUCGUAUUCGAUUUGAUUUUGAUGAAACUGUGCAAGUAAGCUCAAAUUCUGAUGUGUUUUUGUUUGACCUAGUUACAGAUAUGUGUCUCUAUCGUCGAUUGGUUAUAGAACCAGACCACAACGAACGCUAUGAAGUGUUGAUUCCCAAGUUACUGAUUGAAUAUAUUGACCAAGGCUUAAAGGAUGAUCGUUUAGAAUGGUUACUUUUUACAAACUCUCAAGUCUCAAUCUGUUGAAUUCUUUUAUGAGUCGAAAUGUCGAAUUUUUGAAGGUCUUAUUGCUACACUGUUUUAUUUACAU